AUGGCGACCAGUACAAUCCAGGACCAGGAGAUUCUCCUCUGUCACAUCUGUGAUAAGAGCCCGCUCAAGCUUCACUUUGAUGAAAAGAAACGUCUUGUUGAAGAAAACACAUCUUAUCUUCAAGAUGUCAUUCCAAAAUUCAAGGAAGUGGACGAAGAAAUUGAAGGCAAAAUGGUGGCCUUCAACACCAGAUGUGAUGAAUUAGAGGAAUUGGUAUUAAAGCAUGGAAUAGAAUGGCAUUGCGUCAUUAACAAUGUCAUGAUUAAAAAGAAGCAUGCGAAUAAGAAAAAAGACGGAACAAAUGAGCUAAGAAAAUACAAAAUGGAAAUGAGGGAUGUUUUCGUAGAUGUGCAAGACACCAUCCAGCGAAACAAAGAAAUUGUCAAAUCUGUAGAUGUCAUUGAAAUCUGCCGUUAUCAUCUGGUGUCUGAUAAAUACCAGAAUAUUCCACUGCACUUUCAAUUAAAGCUUCCAACUUUUGUUUUCAAAGAAAUUGAAUCAGAUCAACUGAACCGAGCGUUUGGGGUAUUAAAGCGAUUUCAUGUUCAACGAGGAAUGGUUGAUCGGCCUUCUGAUACACCUUUAUCGCGUAUUCAAAUGUUUCUAAGAAAAGCUUUAAAAAUUAGAGAAUUUUCUACCGGAAAAACACCACUGAGGCAAGUGGUUUGUGUUGGUUCAGAAGAGGCGUGGAUAAGCGGAUAUGAUGAAACCAUUUCACGUGUUAACAUACAAGGCUCUGUACUAGAUGAAGUCAUCACCACUUGCAAUGAUUUCCCAAGUGACAUUACAGUGUCAAAAAGACGUCUGAUUUACACCGAUACAGCAAAUAAAGUAGUUAAUAUAGUGGAGGAGGGAGAGUCUAUCACAUUGAUCCGGGCACCACGGGGAUGGGAGCCUCUAGGGGUGUCUUACACAAAAUCAGGUGAUUUACUCGUUAGCAUGAGAACAACUGACCAGACACUCUGCAAAAUUGUUCGCUACAAGGAUAAGAUGAUAACUCAAGAAAUAGAAAAGGACGACAAAGGAAAUCCUUUAUAUAGAGGAGGAUCGAAAAUGCUUUUCGUGGCUGAGGACGAUAACGGAGACAUAUGUGCCUCGGAUUGCAAUGCAAAUGCUUUCAUCGUUGUCAACAGUGCUGGAAAACUUCUUUGCCGAUAUACUGAACGACAAAUGAAAUGCAAUCCUUGUGGUUCUGUUCGACUGGGUGAUUCUGGGCCACACAGUGUGGACAGAAGUGGAAGGCUUUGGUUGGGAGAAUCACGCAGUGGAAAUGUGAUAGUCGUCAGCGAUGAAAAACAGCUAGUACCAUACUGCUGG